AUGUCCAGCGCCACCUCCGGGCCCCUGCGCCUGGAGGUGCACCCCGACCGCGCCUGCUACCACCCCGGCGACGCAUUCCGCGCGGCGGUGGACGUCGCCAACGACGGCGCCCCCGGCCCGCCCUCCUCCGCCCUUCGCCUGGCCGACCUGUCCGUCGAGGUCAGCGGCGCGGAGCGCGUGGACCCAGGGUGGGUGGCCCCCGCCUACCUGGCAUCCUCGCCGCAUGCCUCUCGCGACAGCCGGCGAGUCGUCAGGGACAUCUUCCGCAGCGAGACCGCCAGGCUGGGCGAUGAUUGUCCCCUGUCCGCGGGAACGAGCCGCAGAUUCGCGGUUGGGCUCAGGCUGCCGCGGACACUGCCGCCGUCUUUUAAGGGGACGUCGGUGAGGUAUGUUUACGAGGUGGUGGUGAGCGCGAAGCUGGCCCCAGGGGGGGAAUGUGGGAGGAGGGGGGGGGAGAGGAGGCUGCAGGUGAAGGCGGCGUUCCAGGUGUGGCCGCGCGCGGACGGGAUGGACCGAUCGACGCGUGCGAUCGGUGGCGGGGGGUCCCCGCGAGGGGGCCCGGCCCAAUCGGGCGCGGAGGGCGAGGCGCCGACGCUGGAGGUGGCUUUCGCAUCGCCGGGCGAGCGGCUGCCGCUGCAGUGGGGGGAGCUCAGGCGCAGCCGUGGGGGGCUGGUUGCCAGCGGCAGCGAGGUGGAUGAAUCUGAUGUUGUUUUGGAGACGCCUCGCAAUGAUGCGAUCGAGAACCAGAACCCGAACAUGGGGAUGUCCAUGCCGCCCCCCAGCGUGUGCGAGUCCGAGUUCAGCGCCCCCGGGUCGUCUUUCACGGUCAGCCCCAUGUCCAGGAGGCCGAGCGGGCCGGAUGUCGCGGCUAAGUCGCCGGGCGUGGAGCCCGUGGUGACUUCCGUCAGCCAGAGGACUUACAAUCUGAGGAUGGGGGACGACCUGCUGGUCAAGUUCACCCUGCAGCCGCCCAUGCGCCAGGUGCUGCACCCCGGGGCCACAUUUGGGGCGGUGCUGGAUUUUCGGGACAGCUUCGGGCGCGGGGAGGACGCCACGCCGGCGAAGAGGUCGGGGGCCAGGCGGUGCAUGAUGGUGUCAGUGAUGAUGGAGACGGAGGAGGAGGUGCGCGGGGAGUGGCUGCCGCCCUCGCUGCGAGCGAGGGACAGCUGCGCCAUCCGGCGGCUGUAUUCGGAGCACAUGGAGCUGACCAGCGACGUGCUGGUGACCAACUUUACAUUUUCGGUACCGCCCGGGGCGCCGCCGUCGUUCAGGACGCCCCUGCUGGCGCUGUCGUGGGUGCUGAGGUUCGAGUUUAGC